UUUACCAUUUCCAUUCUUACAGUUACCCAGUUUCCGCAAUCAUCGACAACAUAAUAAGAUUUCUCUCUCGAGAAUAGAAACAAUUGAGAGGCGCAAGAAUUGAAUCAGACAAAAGCCAACCGAAAAAGAGAGCAAAAGAUCACGAAAAAUGGGGCUGACCGAUGACCAGAUAGCGUCGAUGAAGGAAGCGUUCAAUUUGUUCGAUGCCGACAGCGAUGGCAAAAUCGCGGCUUCCGAGCUCGGAAUCCUGAUGCGUUCCCUCGGCGGCAACCCCACGCAGUCGCAGCUGAAAUCCAUAAUCACCGAGGAGAAGCUCACCGCGCCCUUCGAUUUCCAGAGGUUUCUCGACCUCAUGCAGAAGCACUUGAAGCCGGAGCCAUUUGACAAACAGCUUCGCGACGCUUUCCAGGUCCUCGACAAGGAGGGGACCGGCUUCAUCGUCGUGAAGGAGCUCAGGCACAUCCUCACCAGCAUUGGCGAGAAAUUGGAGCCCGCCGAGUUCGACGAGUGGAUUCGAGAGGUCGAUGUCGGAUCCGAUGGCAAGAUCCGCUACGAGGAUUUCAUUGCGCGCAUGGUCGCAAAAUGAGAAAGGUGAGCGAGGGCAGUGGGUUCGAAUUUUUAAUCAGUUGAAGUUGGACCUUCGUUUUCUUCUCUUAGAGUAGUCCUAUAUUUUUUCAUGCUCAUGUGCUUUUCUCAAUCCAUGAAGAUGCCAGUCUUUAUUCCUUGUGGCCUUAGAAACCUUAGGCCUCUGUUUAAUUUCAUUAGUUAUAAAUUUGAGAUGGUCCUUGUUUAGCAUGAUUUAGAUGUCUCUGUCUGCUACAUACAGUUGCUCACGUUGUUGAACCUGUAUGUAUAGGUAUCAAGUUUCAUUUAUUUGUUGACUCAACACCUAUGAGAACGGGAAUGCCUAUUUCUUGAUUUUUCCUUUUUUUAGCA